GGCGGCGGACUGAGGGCCGUCUCCACGGCAACGGCGCCCCGACACCGGAAGUGGCGCCCGCAGAGAACGCGGGCUGAGGGCCGGGGUCGCGCGUCGCCUACGGGCUAGCGAGGGCGGUUUCUCCACGCGCCGAGUUAGCGGGCCCCGGAGAGCUGGAUGUCCUGCUCUGGGCUCCCGUGCUCAGAGACGCGUGUCCCGCUGCCGGGCCGCUCCACCCGAGUACACCUGCUGCAGAACGCAUCCCCCUCCCGUGCGGUGUCAGUGACGCGCCUGAAUGAGGCCAUUGCCCUGUCUAGCUGGGUAAAACGUAGCCAAGCCUCCCCGGCUCGGGACAGGUCUCCUCCCACUGCGCCUGGGCCGCAGCCGCGCCGGCGGCCAUUUGCUCAGGACCUGCGGCGGUGACGGAAGCUGAUGGAGUGGAAGUCGCAAAAGCCUGUUGGCGAUGUUGCCCUGUCCUGUUACCAACUUUUUGUCUCCAGUGUCCUAUAGUUUGAAAUUUAGUGGGUUUUUUUUUCCCCAAUAUGCCAAUUAACAUAGGCAGCUGCGAAUGACAUUUGCUUGGUGAAACAGGGACCCACACACCGUCUCUCCUCUCUUUGUGUCCCAGUUUGGAGAACUCUGGCACUAUGUCCAGCCUAGACCAGCCAGUAAUGCUUUUGCGUACAGGCAGCCCCAGAGAGGAGGUCUUGGUGCCUCCAAGAGCAGUGGGAGGCCAGUACCUCCUCCAAGGCUCAACUGAGGGCUCCUAGACGCUGAUGUCACCUAUGCUAGCCAUCCGGACCCCGCACCGCCACUGCAAAACAGCACUGCCGCCCAGGCCCAAUGCCGGUCAUGCCCAUCCCGCGGCGGGUGCGCUCCUUCCACGGCCCGCACACCACCUGCCUGCACGCGGCCUGCGGACCUCUGAGAACCUCUCACCUGGCUCGCACCAAGUACAACAACUUCGAUGUGUAUGUCAAGACCCGCUGGCUCUACGGCUUUAUACGCUUCCUGCUCUACUUCAGCUGCAGCCUCUUCACAGCGGCCCUCUGGGGCGCGCUGGCCGCGCUCUUCUGCCUGCAGUACCUGGGUGUCCGCGUGCUGCUGCGCUUCCAGCUCAAGCUGUCAGUGCUGCUGCUGCUGCUGGGGCGCAGGCGCGUGGACUUCCGCCUCAUGAACGAGCUGCUUAUCUAUGGCAUCCAUGUGACCAUGCUGCUGGUUGGGGGGCUGGGCUGGUGCUUCAUGGUCUUUGUGGACAUGUGAGAGCCCCACCACCAUGGGGCUCUUGAUUGUGCCGUAUCAAGCUUCUCUCUUGGAGGGUGGGGCUGGUAGGGGCUUUUUUUUUUUGCCCCAUCCUGGAGGUAAGGCCUGAAGCACACACUCCCAUUGAGGGGAGAAAAGGGCUGAGACUACUCUGUAAUGGGAACACCACACAGUCUCUCUGUGGCUUCUGCACUGUCCUCGCUGUGCACUUUCCCAGAUGUGCUGUCCCCCUAGCCUCUUCCCUUGGGUUGCCUGUGUGUUUUCAGGUUGUCCAGUGGGUGGCCCAUCUGUCUUUUCUCCACCUUGAGACCUUCUGUGUGACAUUCUCACCAACAUCAGACCCAACCUGUGGGACACAAAGGGGUACCUUUGGGCUGCACGGCCCCUUUAUGUGCCCUGCUCCUGGCUGUCCUCAGGGACCCACGUGGCUAUACAAGCAGACACACUGCUACCACUAACUGCGCCCACUUUGAGCCCAUGGACCACUCUCUGCUGUCACAGGUGGCCUCAGAGUCACCUUGGUUUGCAUAGGUGCAGUUUAGCAGAACAGCAUAUAUGGCAUUGGCUAGACCCUGGUACAAGGGGGCACAGGCCCCAAGGCUUGAACUUCAGAGCAGGGGCUGGUCCACACCCUGGACAGGUCUGUGUGUCAAGCCAUGCUGGAACUCUGCAGACUGACAGGGCCUAGAAAAACACCUGUGCUUAACCUUGGGAGUUUUUACAGUCUCCAGCAGCCUCCCCAAGUCUUGGCCAGAUCUGUGGAAAACGGGAACAAACCAACCGUUCCCCCUCAGUGGUAUUUACCAGCCCCGUGGGCAGCCUGGAUGGGCUAGCUACACCUUCCCCACACGCUCUUAGGCCUGCUUUGUGAGAUAAAAGAUGGAGUACCUGACCACCUUUGGCCUCUAUCAGGGGUGGGAAUAUGACUCACACUGGUGACAAGGGCCUAGGUGGCAAAUGAAGUGGUUUGAGUAGUAACUCUGGGUGCAGGACAUUGAGCAUAUCCUGCUACCACAUGCUUCACCCCAAAUUGUCACCCCACACCCCAGGCAUGGGGGUGGCCCCUUUAACCCUGCCCUGCCAAGAAAACCAAUUGUGUUCCACUGAUGAGAAACUUAAGAAACCCAAACAAGGAAGGCAAAGACGUAGGACUGUUGGCCUAGCUCUUUACCUUGUGGCCGGCUGCCGUCACUGGUCUGGCGAGAGGGCUCAUGGAGGAAGUCUGCCAGCCUCCCAGGGUAGCAGAUGAGGUCCUCCCCGUGGAGCCUGCUGCUGCCCGCUUGCUGCAGAGAACUGUUUGCACUAAACCCCUCUUUCCCCAAAGCAACAUUGUUCUUUGUUAAUUAGCUCAUGUUCCUCAGAGUGGCCUGAAGCCCCAUUUUGCUGGGUGAUGGUGGGUGUGUCAGGGCUGGUGGUGGGAGGGAAUGAUGGGACCUUGUCACUCAUUGCACACCCAGCUGCCCAGUGUCCUGAGUGCCUGUUAAAUUCUUUAUGAGAUGAAUCACCUGCAUUAAACCUAUUUUUUUAAUGUGC